AUGGCUAGCGGGACGGAUAAUGACAGCGUGCGCGGCGCUCGGCGUUUAGAGCGCGUUAAACUCAGGCGUUCGAAUGUAAUAGCACAGAUUAAGGCCGUGCAUGAGCUAGCGUUACGAGUUGUAGAUGAACCCGACCUAGGUCCGACAUUUACACAUUUAACCGCCGAUUUAGAUUCUUUGUGGACGCAGUUUAGGCUUGAAGAUGAUGCGGUGUUAGACGGCUUAACCGAGUUAGAUAGAUUGUCCGAGUAUGAUAUCGGUUUGACAGCUGAAAUCCGUAAAUGUAUGAGUGAUUGCAAGGUCGCGGCGGCGAAAUUAGUUCCUAAGGGUGUUGAGGCUAUCGACAUGUCGUACCUUCAUGCUAAGUUAGGAUCGUCCAAUUCACCUCAGGAAAGUGACCAAAAUCCGUUAUCACGACUACCGGCAAUUCCACUCCCCGAGUUCGACGGGGAUUUCCGUUUGUGGCCCACUUUCCGCGAUAGAUUUAAAGAACAAGUAGACGCGCGACUCGAGCUUUCCAACAUUGAUAAGAUGUAUUAUUUAAUCAGGUGUCUUACGGGUGAAGCAGCUGACGCAAUACGUGGUGUUCCGGUAUCCGGGGACAAUUAUGUUCUUGCAUUGUCCCUCCUGUCCGAGCGAUUUUAUCGACCACGACUAGUCGCCACGUCGUUACUUGAUCGAUUGCUAAGCGCGCCGACCAUGUCGCAGGAGUCGUUGCAGGAUCUUAAUAAUUUUGUAGGUACAGUUAACGAAAGUAUUUCGCUAUUGGAAGCACUAAAAGUACCGAAUUUGGGGUCCUUCAUUUUAUUUACAAUUGUUUUUAGAUGUUUACCUGUUGCUACACGCAAAUUAUUCGAGUCAGGUAGCUCGACAGAUUAUCCGUCUAUAGUUGAUUUAUUAAAAUUCGUUCGCGCACGCGUGUCUAUAUUGGAGAACGUCGCUAACGCGGGAACAAUUCGUAACAUGGCCGCGCAUGUUAAGGUGGAAAAGCCACCAAGUACGUUUCGUAAGAAUGGGGAUCACUACGGGAAAUCAAAAGGGUCCCGUCCGGUUUCAUUUGUGACAGCGAAAGAAGACGGAAAUUGUCCGUGUUGUGCCGGUGCACAUUCGUUAACCGCGUGUAUGAGAUUUAAGUCAUGGGCGGCCGGAAACCGAACGCGGUGGGCGCGAGAGAAUCGCGUUUGUUUUAAUUGUUUGAGCGUUGGUCACUGGGUCCCGAAAUGCAAGGUAAAACCUAAUUGCCAAGAAUGUUCGCGUAAACAUCACACACUUCUACAUUUACCGUCCGACGAGCGAGAGGGUGAGGAGGAACCGCCGGUACGGGUCGAUUCGUCUGUGUGUGCGUCUGUGGUGAGGCCCCCGUCCCCCCAUACAUCUAAUGCCAUUAUUUUGGGUACCGCGCUCGUGCAUAUACGGGAUAGGUCCGGCGCGGUGCAAACAAUGCGGGCGCUGGUUGAUAGCGCGUCGCAAGUUAGCAUAAUCACUGCCGCGUGUGUUAAGCGAUUAGGAUUGAAACCGGCGCGUUGGACGGCACCGAUAAGCGGUUUGUCUGGAACAACUGUCGCCGAAGUUCAAGGGCGUGUAGAAUGUAUAGUGCAACCUAGGUUUGCGUCCGAUCCGGUGCUGCCUGUUCAGGCUUGGGUGUUGCCUACCAUAACAAGCGACUUACCGCAAAAAUCGUUAGCCGCGUGUGUGAAAGACCGGUAUUCUAACCUAGCACUCGCGGAUCCAUCAUUUUAUUUAACUUCGCCCAUUGACUUAUUAUUAGGAGGGGACGUAUACGGGUCUAUAAUGGACGGGCGGAAAGUGUCGAUCGACGACACAUUACCGACAGCAUUUAGUUCGGUGUUUGGCUGGAUACUUAUCGGUCCGGUCGUUGACCCGGUUAGCUAUUCUUAUCAGUCGUUACCUAUCUGUAUGACCGCGUCUAUUGAGGGGAUAAUGGAGCGCUUUUGGCACGUCGAGGAACCCGAAAUAGCGCCCGUCACGUUCACAAAUGAAGGGUGUUGUGAACAAAUAUUUCGCGAUGAAAUGACGCGCAUGCCAUCGGGUCGCUUUGCGGUCCCAUUACCAUUUCGUGGACCGGCAGACACAUACGUGGGGUCUCGCGAGGUAGCCGUGCGGCGUUUCGAAGCGCUUGAGCGCAAAUUGUCCGCGAAUCCAUUGUUGAAAUCAUUGUAUGUAAAGUUUAUGUCCGAGUAUAUCGCGUUAGGACAUAUGUCGGUGACAACAUCUCCGGGGCGAUAUAUAAUCCCUCAUCAUGCUGUCUAUCGCCCGGAAGUUGAUCUUAAUAAAAUUCGAGUUGUGUUUGACGCAUCAGCCCGGGGCUUCCGCGGAAAGUCGUUAAAUGAAUGUUUGUGGUCUGGUCCUAAAUUGCAGCAGGACAUUGUGGACGUCUUGACACGUUUUCGCGUACAUAAGUACACCUUUACCACGGACAUCUGUAAGAUGUACCGACAAAUCUUAAUUCUACCCAAGUAUCGAAAGUUCCAACAUGUGUUGUGGCGCGCAUCGCCUCACGAUGAAUUGCGUGAGUAUGAGCUACACACCGUCACGUACGGCGUUAACUGUGCCCCGUAUCUCGCAUUACGCGUUCUUAAAGUAAUUGCGUCUACCGACUGCGACGGGUUUGACCGGGUACGUAACGCGCUCGAAUAUCAAACUUACGUCGACGAUAUUUGUGACGGGGCCGAUACGAUACCCGACGUACUGAAACUUCAGUCGGAUUUAAUUUCAGUUUUGGGUAAGUCGGGGCUAGAACUUAAAAAGUGGGCGUCAAACACGCGGGCCGUGUUGCAGGCUGUACCAGCCGCCGAUUGCGUGGGCGCACCUAUGACGUUCGGGGAUGACGACGGUUACGGCACUAAAGUUUUAGGCCUAGCUUGGCACCCUGACAGUGAUUAUUUCUGUUGUGCCCUAAGUCUCGAACCGUCACCCGUUUUUACAAAACGCGGAAUCUUAUCUCUUGUCGCACGCAUUUUCGACCCGUUAGGUGUUUUUGGUCCCGUAGUGUUUCUGGCAAAAUCCAUAAUGCAGCGGACGUGGCGAAAUAACAUCGCGUGGGACGAUCCACUACCGGCCGAUAUUCAUGCCGAUUGGACUGCGUUUGUUUCGGAAUUACCGUCCCUAUUAAAUAUCCGUGUACCGCGACAUAUCAACGCACACCAAGGCGCGCCGUGCUAUCUAUUAGGAUUUUGCGACGCAUCGCAAACCGGUUAUGCGGCCGUUGUAUAUAUACGCAUGCUAAACGCUGAGACCGAUCGGUCCGUCUUUUUAAUUGGUACUAAGACCAAAUUAGCUCCGACGAAAUCAUUGACCGUCCCACGUCUAGAGCUGAACGCCGCGCUAUUAUUAGCACGUUGGUUAAACCGUAUUAAAAAUAUAUUAGCACCACAACUUGACAUCGUCGGUUUACGGGCCUGGUCAGAUUCGACCAUCGUGCUGUCGUGGUUAACAGUCCCCCACGAAUCAUUUAAAGUAUAUGUAUCAAAUCGGAUACAUCAAAUCCAUCUAUUAUUACCUAAUUGUCCCUGGCAACACAUUGUGUCGGCAGAAAAUCCCGCGGAUAGCGCUUCUCGUGGCGUAACGCCGAUGGCGCUCGCACAGCUGGAUUUAUAUUGGCGCGGCCCUCCGACCGCAUACAGCGAGCCGUCGGAGUGGGAUAACUGUAGUCUACUGUUGCCUGUGUGUGAAGUAUCCGAGUUACGGGUCGUGUCGUGUGCUGCGCUUGUCGAUGACAGGGUAGAGGAGUGGUUCACACGAUUUUCUAAUUUUGACCGCAUGUUACGUGUGGUUACGUACAUGCGCCGCUUCGUACAAGCUUGUCGGCAACGUGUCACUUUAAGGCGGAGUGGAGUGUCACGGCCGUCGGUACCACUGAGUCCGGAUCCGAUCGGUCCCGCAUUUUUACAAAAAAUUGAAUUAGAUAAUACCGCGCGCGCGCUGGCUGCGGAAUCGCAACGCGUACAUUUUUCAAAAUUGUUGCGUGAGUUGGCGGCGGGUAGUCGCAUAUCCUCGAAACCGGUUGCGCGGUUAGCUCCGUUCAUAGACUCUGACGGCGUGAUCCGCGCAGUGCAUUUAGAGGUGGUGACGGAACUAUCUACCGACGCCUUUUUAGCUGCUUUCGACCGUUUUGUCGCUCGCCGGGGGUUACCAGCUGACGUAUACUCGGAUUGCGGCACAAACUUUGUAGGCGCCGAUAAAAAAUUACGCGAAUUAAUUCAGAGCCCUGUAGGUCAAAGUACCAUCGCUAAUUGUCGUGCUAUGUGUGUUUGGCAUUUUAAUCCUCCUAGCGCACCGCACUUUGGGGGCUUGUGGGAGGCGGCCGUCCGGUCUACCAAACGCCUAUUGGUCCGCGUAAUAGGUACACACGUGUUCACGUAUGAGGAGUUUACUACCGUGUUGACCCGCAUAGAAGCGAUAUUAAAUUCACGUCCUUUGACGCCCGCCUCAACCGAUCCACACGACCUGGAAUGCCUGACACCGGGACAUUUCUUAAUUGGCCAACCGUUACUCGCCGUGCCGCCGCGAUCAGGCCCCGAGGCAUCUCGUGCCCUUUCCGAUAGGUGGAAACUCAUGGACCAGUGUCAUCGCGCCUUUUGGCGACGUUGGUCGUCAGAGUACUUGACCACUUUACAAAGUAGGCCCAAGUGGAUUGAGGGUGUCCCCAACCUGAAGGUGAAUGAGAUGGUAGUUGUGAUCGACAAUCAGAGUCCCCCGCUGUUGUGGCGCCUCGGCCGCGUGAUUGAGUUAUUACCUGGGGCAGAUGGUCACGUUCGAGUCGCCAGGGUGCUAACGCGCGCUGGUAUAGUCACGCGCCCGGUAGUAAAACUGGUACCAUUACCUGCAAAGGUCCAAACCUAA